CCGAAGACUACAAGAAUUCCUUGGAAGAUCUAACUACAAAUGACAGGUUUCAAAUCAGCAAUCUGACCGUCAUCGCCAAGGAGAAUACGGAACAUGCGAUGGCCAUCUCUCGAGUACUAGAGAACCAUAUUCGAACAGUAGGUGAUAUUCUCCCAGAUUCAUUCGUUUGUUGUUUCACGAUGGCUGCUGUAGUUGGAUUCGAUGGACAGUUCUAAUCUUUGCGUGGUAGACACCCCCCCUUCAGAAGCUGCCUGCUUUGUAUGUAGUCGAUUCUAUUGUGAAGAACGUAGGGACUCCCUACACUCUGUUUCUAGGCCGGAACAUGUAUCAGACCUUCAUGAAUGCCUACACUUUAGUCGACUCGCAAACUCGUCGGAAGCUGGAUGAGAUGCUCAAGACUUGGAAGGAGCCGGUUCCUGGGUCACUGGACACGAGGCCUGUUUUCCCACCCGAUAUCACCCGCGGGAUUGAAAAUGCCCUGAUCAAGGCGAGAACUGCGGCUCUACAGCAGCAGCAGGCUAGGGGCCAGCAAGAUAUUUACAACCGUGGCAGAGUUGGGACUCCACCUGGCUGGACCAGCACCCCUACUCCGCCUCAGAACGCAGCCCGAUAUCCUCCACAAAACCAUAGAAAUGGACAUAAUAAUGGAUAUUCAACAGGCGAGUCAAUUCCCGUUCGGUCGACUCCAACGCCUCAGGAAGUCGAUCUCUCUGCUCUUAAUAGGGAUAUAGAAGCGUUAAUUACUUCUGCUCGAAACGAUUUCGGCAAUAACCCUUUAGAUCCGUCCGUGCAACAACGAUUAAAGGCGCUUUUGGAUCUUCAGGGUAUCAUGCAACGCCAGGAGCUCACUCAAGAGCAACUGAAGCUUGUCCGCGACCAGGUGUCGGCACUUGCUCCCAAGCCUAUCAUAUCCAUACCUCAACCAGCCCCGUCUCAUCCCCCAGUCACAUCAACCCCGUCAAUAGCCACUCCACCCGCUGCGCAUUCGUUCUCUCAGCCUCUCCAGCAGCUUCUUAAUCCAGGAACUCUUGCGGAGCUGAUCAAAGCCACAGCUGCACGACAACAACCAACACCACCACCGCAAGUCCCUCCCAUCUUGUCCCAAAUUUCGGUGGCCACUGGCACUCCCCAGAUGGCUCCUACAUCAGCACCGGAGAAUUCACUUAUUGCCGCUCUCAGGGCAAAGGGCCUUUUACCUGCUGCGUCAGCUCCCCCAGCUGCUUCUGCCCCCUCCCCCAACCUUGCCUCUGCAUUUCCUUUCAUUGUCCCAGGCCAAGUACGGUACACACCACCCGUACCAACGCCACAGGCAGUAACGGCUUCAGAUGUACAAAUCAACGUGCAAAUGAAUACGGCGUCAAUUAAAAUACCACGUAGCAUGUUAAUUGCUAGUCUUUACGAAGCGAGGUCGAAUCGUUGCGGUACAUGUGGUCGCCGGUUCUUUACCACAGAGGAAGGAAAAGAGAAGAAAGCCCGCCAUCUGGAUUGGCAUUUCCGCACAAACCAACGGAUGGCAGAUUCUGCCAAGCGAGCUCAGAAUCGCAGUUGGUACGUCGACGAACGGGACUGGAUAAAAUCCCGCGAGAUAGGAGAUGAUCAAAUAAUCACGGAUGCAGAGGCUUCCGGCGAGAACGCUGGUGGAAACGAGGCUGGUCCAGCAAAGAAAGGGCCUACCAAACAAUGGAUUCGUGCGCCCAAUGACGCUACAUUGAGGAACACCCCGUGUCCGAUUUGUCAGGAGAAAUUCGAGUCUACGUGGUCAGAGGACGUCCAAGACUGGAUCUGGCAAGACGCCGUGAAAGUCGGCAGCCGUGUAUACCACGCCAGCUGCUAUGCGGAGGUGACUAAAGACGGCUCAGGAUCUGCUCGUCGGGACACGCCUUCUGGACGCACAGGAACCCCAGAUUCAGUGCUAGGCAAGCGCAAAGCUGAGGUGAGCGUUAGAUCUCAAACACACCUCUUUCCUAGGAGUGUAUUCACGCUAAUCAUCCUUCAGGGAACUGACUCGCCUGGACAGAACGUGCGGAUCAAGUCCGAGACAAUGUAACAGGAAGUCUUGGAUAUAGUAUUGCUUCCUGUCAGCGUACACCCGACUGACUGAUAUUCCCUAUUUUCCCGACUCCGG